CCUCGGCUCUAGCACAAACUGCUUCUUGGUCUUCAGAGACAGAGCGGGAGAAAAGCGAAAGAAAAACAUUGCAGUUGAUUGCAUGGCUCACAAUUUUAUUUUUUGAUGGAAAAUAUAUUAUCUAUUUACCUGUUAUCAGAAAGGGCGAAGUGAAUUAAAAUAUUAUCGUCGCUGAAGAAUAACCUGCAUUUCUUUCAAGUUUUCACGUUAAAAUAUUAUUACGACAGCCUGUUUCUCUGACUAAGUUGAAGGCUGUCUAACCUCGUUGACUCUCGAUGGACAUCCGUCCGUUCAUUUUAUUUUAAAUGGAAUAUAUAAGUCCAAGUCGGGAGGAAAAUCUACGUAAUUUCAUUGGAAACAACAAAUAAAGGAAUAUCGUAAACUCAAGGACUGGAUCAGUCGCCUAUUGUAAAGAUCAAGCUGCUGCGUUUUUUCAAGAACUGUUUAAUGCUGAACGAGGAUACUACAGAUAACACACACGAAGACGAAAUUAAAUACCUAAUUUUUAGCGGAACAGUUGAAGACACAAAUAUCAAUAGCCUAUUUUAUAUUGACAAUUAGCCAGAGAAAUUAACGCAACGUCCAUAUACAUAGGUAGAUGUAUUAUAUUGAAUAGGCCUAUAUGCAUUCAGAGAUAGCAAAAUAUAUAUACACAUAUACAGUUGCACAAACAACUUGGCAAACUAGUGUCGCGGCAGGGGGUGGGAACCCUAAGUAAAACAAUAAUAUCAGACUAUGUGCAUGUCUAUUCGUACACGUAGUUGUCUUUCGUAAUAUACUAACGUUGUAAAAGUAUCACUAUCUGAUCGAUAAACUGGGGAUUCGUUGUGUCAGCUGCCCCAACCCUCAACAACCAGCUCGAGCGCGCCAGGAAUCAGCGGCUGUCUAGUGAUGUCCAGGCCACUCUCACAACUUCUACCCCCAGACCUGCCUGCUGGAGCAAGCCCUCAAUUCGGAAGUGGCAACGCGGUGAAUGGUUCCCCGAGCGGUGGGCAUUUGAAUACCAUGGCCAGCCUGAAGUCCCUUCUGCAGCUCCCCAUCAAAGGUGACCAGCGAGGCAAAGACUGUUGCGAUACGAAAGACAAAGACAAGCCCCUGGACUCAGACGAGGAUUCGCUGGGCGGGGUGGUGGGGGUUGGAGGAGGUGGCGGUGGGUGCAGCCUGCGCUCCUCCUCCCAGUCAGCCUUCCUGGGACCCCUGCUUUGGGAGCGCACCCUGCCCUGCGACGGGGGCCUGUUCCAGCUGCAGUACAUGGACCUGGAGGAGUUCCUCACGGAGAACGGCAUGGGCUGCAUGCACGGCAACAGCUCCAGCUCCGCCCAGAUUCCCUCCCAGAGCUCCCAGUCCGCCAUCCCCAACCAGAGCUCCCAGUGCCCCCCCUCAUCUCCCCCGCCCUGCUCCUCUUCCUGCUCCUCCAUGUCUUCUUCCUCCUCCUCGUCCUCGCUGCUGGAGCUGGAAAUGCAGCAGGCGCCGCAAAGCAUUCUGGGAGGCUCAGAUUGUCUACAUGUCCCUCCCGACCAAUCACCCUCCUCUUCCCCGUCCUGCGCCCCACUGCCUGGACCCCCCACAGCCAACGCAGAUGGCGUGGUGGUAAACUUUGACCCGGACCCUGCUGACCUGGCGCUGUCUAGCGUACCGGGCCAAGAGGCUUUCGACCCCCGAAGUCACCGCUUCUCUGAAGAGGAGCUCAAGCCACAGCCCAUGAUCAAGAAGGCCCGGAAGAUGCUGGUGCCAAAUGAGCAGAAGGAUGACAAGUACUGGAACCGACGGUACAAGAACAACGAGGCGGCCAAGAGGUCGAGGGACGCCAGGCGGCUGAAGGAGAACCAGAUCACAGUGCGGGCGGCGUUCCUGGAGCGGGAGAAUGCGGCUCUGCGGCAGGAAGUGGCCGACAUGCGCAAGGAGCUGGGCCGCUGCCGUAACUUCCUCAACAAGUACGAGAACCGGCACGGAGACUUGUGAACAGGAGGAAGAGGACGGCAUGUCCGGGGAGGAAUGUUUUUUUUAUCUGACCAGACACAAAUGGAGGACAAAAAAAAAAACAGAGACAGGUGAAAAGUGAUCCUGGAGGAGAGGGAGCACCUUGCGGUGGAGAAAGAUUUGGAUUUUUGAUGAAAACAGUGUUGUAAUUUUUUUUUUUCUAUGAUAAAACAUUGUAUAUUUUUGAACUGGGUGAGUCAAAGUAUGGAAGGAGUUAGAGGAUUAAGAGUUAUUGGAUAAGUGAGUCACAUAGGGCAGAGAGGCCAUUUUGACACAGGGAAUCUGUAUAUUUUUAUAUUUGCAAAGAGAGAGUUGAGAGGAGAUUUUGGAAAUAAUCUUUUGUAUAUUUUAUAUAUUGGUGGGAGGGGUUGGGUGAUACAGAGAGAGGAUGGGGCAGUCAGGAAGGUUUUAAAACAGGAUUACCAGGAAUAUUUUCUUUCUGGUUAAUGAAUCCUUCAAGAAGAGAAUGAAACAGAUGCGAUCAGGGCUUGGGUGGUGUAACUUGAGCAAUGGUAUUUUUGAGUGGAAUUGUGUUUAAUGGGUAACUGGGUAUUCAGUUACAAUUUCAGAAAAAAGGAAAACACAAUGAAAAGUGUAUAGUUGAAAUUAUAUUUGUGAGUUCAUUCAAGCACUUAAUUUGUUAUCUUCCCUUUGGUUCCUUUAUUGAAUUAAAAUGUAUGCGUGUCAGCGAGGCUAUGGGGAAGAAGCAAGAGACUGUAAAACAACUAAUCACAGCGAUAGCUGCAUGAUCAUAUGCAGAGAACUUUCCAGGUAUAUAUUUAAAUGGGUGAAUAUGUGGAUUAAUACACAUAUGCCCAUACAAACAUACGCACACGGUCGUACACAUGUAAACAUGUAUCUCACUAGUCACAUUGGUUCUUUGUGUACCCUUGAGCAUGAAUUACGCUGUAAAUGUGACCAUGCACAACUGAGGGUACUGCAGAGACAGUUAACCAUUCAUUAAUGAUCACCUAUAAAUAUUCUCUCUCUCCGCAGGAUAUGUAAACAGAGUAAAACUGGUUUAGAAGUCACCCAGGUUCAGUCGGCUGUGACUCCAACGCACACUUUUAACAUGGCAUUUCAUUUUUAUGGCCCUUCUGAAUGGUUCAGUGCAAAUCACAACCAUUUCUGUGACUACACACCCAGAACAGUACUGCCUACAUAGUUUCAGGUUUUGUAAAAAGAAAUGACAUACAAUAUUACAUAAUGCAACAUAUUUAUAUCUCCAAGAACUAGUCCUAGUCCUCAUGACAAAUCCAAGCUCGCAUUUUUAAUUGUUACCUUGAGAUAAUGUACUAUUUUCAGCUCAAUAUACAUGUCAGAAUAUUGGUGGUCAGUUGUGGAAUCUCAGAAAUAAUCAGCACACCACCAACUCGCCGUGGGGGAAAGGUUCUUUAAAAAACCUUUGUUAGUUUAGUCAUCAGGAUUAAAUGUCAUUCUUUGUAUUAUGAUUACAAUUAUAAUUAUAAUUGCUAGUAUUAUUAUUAUUGUUGUUGUUAUGUCUCUUUAUUGUUUUGUUAUAAGCAUUCUUACCAGUGGCUUUCUGGAGGUUUAUGCUUUUCUUUUACCUUUACCGCCCUUAUUUCAAGACCAAUUAAACUACACUUGAGCCAGUUUACCAUCAGCACCAUCAAGCCCCGGGUGCAAUGUGGGGGCUUGCGUCUUGUCCUCGUGUCUGAAUUUGAUACAAAUUCAAAGGAGAGAAAAAAAAAAAAGAGAAGACCCUUUUCAGGAAGUGUUCCGAUUACCCAUCUCAGCAGCCUCCCUCAUACCAGAUACUUUGACCAGGUGCUGCUUAUCCCAUGAAUCUGGGAUUUUUCUUUUUCUUUUUUUGUAACCUGGAAAUUGUUUGUAGAAGCUUAUAAACUUUUGACAGUACUAUUUUUAUAUGUGGCUGUGUGAGCAUACAACAACUUUCAGGGACUUUUGUGGCCCACUGUUUUUUCAGUAUGCUACCAAACUGGAUUGCGGGUAAUAUAGUCAUCCUUUUUUCUCUCUCCUGAAGUAGAUUAUGAACACUUCUUCAUCUGACUUUUAUGAACUGCUUGUCCCGUGACUAUGCCACAAGCCUGCAGGUAAUACCUAUCAUUCCUGUCUGAGGGGAUGUUGGAGAUGUCAGGGGGAAUUCUGUCUGAAACACAAAUAAAAGAUUACCCUUACUCACUGAUUAAACGUUA